GUCCCUGUUCUUACAACAGGCAAAACCAAACCAUUGUUUGAUCUCUGUGGCUCUGUGUGACCGAUCGUGUUCAUUUGUGUGUGUACUGAGGCGGUGGACUCUUACCUGAACAGCUAGAAGGCCGUCCGAGUCAGGAAGGAUGCGCCUUCUUUCAGAUGCUGCCCAUGUUCUAGGCAGGUGGUGGGCAGCGAGUGGCACAUACUGAGCGCACACACUGCAGAGGACAGAACUGAGGACAGCAGAGAGGACUCCUUUUCACGGCAGGACAGUAACUUCAGACUUCAACAUGACAAAGGUAUUUAGGAAGACCAGUGGCAAUGGACAUAUUACCCUGUUCUUGGCGAAGAGAAACUUUGUGGACUACGUGGAUUCAGUUGAAGUAGUUGAUGGUGUGAUAAAAGUAGAACCUUCUGGUCUAAAUGGAAGAAAAGUAUUUGUCCACCUUGCUUGUACUUUCCACUAUGGGAGCGACAAUGUCAUUGGUGUGGCCUUGAGGAAAAACAUCUGGAUAGAGUCCAUACAGGUGUAUCCAUCUACAGGCGAAAACAAAACUAAAUCACCAACGCUAGAAUCUCUACUGAGGAAAGCUGGAGAGCAUGGUUGUCCCUUUUCCUUCCAGAUGCCGACAAACCUUCCAUGCUCAGUCGCCUUACAGCCUGGGCCAAACAGCAACAGCCAGGCUUACGGUGUAGAGUUUGAGGUUAAAGGCUACAUUGCCACUGCAGCUGUCAGUGCAAAUGAAGUCAUUGACAAGAAGGAUACUUGCCAUCUGAUGAUUCGUAAAAUACAGUUUGCACCAGCUGACAACAAACCUGGAUUUAAAGUUUGUGUGUGCAAGCGGUUGAUGACUGACAAAACACUCCACUUGGACGCCUCCCUUGAAAGAGAGAUUUAUUAUCAUGGAGAUCCAGUCACUGUCAACAUAAAAGUCAACAAUGAAACCACAAAGGUUGUGAAGAAAAUCAAAGUCUCGAUUGAACAGCUGACAAAUGUGGUUCUCUACUCAUCUGACACUUACAUCAAGACUGUCUGCUCUGAGGAGUCUGUAGAGACUAUAAAUGUCAACUCUACAUUUGAAAAGUCCUUCCAAAUAACCCCUUUGCUGUCCAACAACAAAGAUAAAUGGGGUCUUGCCAUGGAUGGAUGUCUGAAAGAUGAAAAAACCCACCUAGCAUCCACAACCCUAAAUCAAAGAGACAAUGAGAUGCAGGGAAUCUUUGUCUCCUAUCAAGUCAAAGUCAGUCUAGUGCUGUCCGGGGGAGGCCUACUGGGUGGUCUGAAAGGAAGGGAUGUCACUGUGGAGCUUCCUUUGACUUUGAUGUCCCCAGUGCCUGCAGGUGAUUCCAUGGAGUUGUGAGAAGACAAGACGAGCGAAAUUACCUGACAGAGACCACAAACAUAGUCAUAACCUGUCAUCCUUUUGUAGACACACAUAAUAGUGCAGGAAGAUAAAAGAUUUAUAUGAGUGUUAUAUUUAUAGUGGAAAUACACGUGUGACGUAAGACUACAUUCUGUAAAGUAAAUGUUCGUACAUGAAGUAGAACUCUGGUAAGGCAUGAAUACAAACUGUAUUCCUCAUUUUUGCUGGGAAAUAAAACUAUAUAAUUAUGUUUA